AUGCGUGAGAGAGGGAAAACGAGAAAGGAGAACUUGCCUGUUGCGAAACGCACGUCGACCGCAGCAGCAGCAACAAUGUCCCCUGUAAUCAAGAACAUCGUAGCGCUCAUGCUCGUGGCUGCCAUCGCCUCCUCCGCCACCUUCGUGCUUGGAGCCGACGAGGACCCACUCCAGGACUUCUGCGUCCGCGACCGCAGCCAGGCCCCCAACGCGGACUACGCCUGCAAGCCCAGCGAGCGCGUCGCCGCCUCCGACUUCAAGUACUCGGGCCUGCGCGCCCGUGGCAACACCGCCAACAAGCUCGGCUUCGCCGCCACCAUCGCCAACGCCGCCUCCUUCGCGGGCCUCAACGCCCAGGGCCUCUCGCUCUCGCGCCUGGAUUUCGCCCCGGACGGCGUGAAUCCCCCGCACAUCCACCCCCGCGCCAGCGAGCUCAUCCUCGUCGUGCAGGGCUCCCUGUAUGUUGGAUUCGUGAGCACUGACAAUCGCGUGUUUGCCCAGGUGCUGUAUCCCGGGGAGAUCUUCAUCUUUCCCAGGGGUCUCGUCCACUUCCUGCGCAAUGUUGGGCGGACCCCUGCGAUCGCCUACUCGGCGCUUAACAGCCAGAACCCGGGGACUUCCCAGGUUGCAAAGGCGGUGUUUGCGUCCAUUCCUCUUGUGGAUGAUCGCGUCGUCGCGAAGGCGUUCCAGAUCUACAGCGCGCAGCAGCUCAAGAACAUGAGAGAGCUCAUCAGGAGAACUUGA